AGCUGUGUGUGGUACAACAGUACAGCAUAAUGCAUUUUUUUUUAAAUCAUUAUUUAGAAUAGAACAUUAUAGGUUAGCCGCUUUUAGGUUAGAGUAAGCAUAUAAUUUGUGCCAGUUCACAACAUCAAAUAAGUAAUCACCCCGUCACGAAAUGACCUCAAACUGGUGCGAGGGUAGAAUAACUGUAACCCCUCCCCCUAGCUGCAAACACCGUUCAGAAUACGUAACACGGGGGUAAUUGCUGGCCUCGGUCUCGCAGUUUGCUUGACCCACAUCAUCCAACUUUUACGUUACAUCACUCCAAUCGUCCCACCUGCACCAGGGCUAAGAGCGGUCAGAGUCGAAGCCGGUCACUCAUGCUACCUCAAAAGUGACAUUGGUAUGACACCGUUGACCUGCUACAACACGCUACGGUCACAGUGACUCAACGAAAUUGUGCUCCGGAAGAAACUGUCAAGCCAGGCUUGUUUGGGUUCAAUCGUGCUCCUUUACGAGUCGACAGACCGGCUGAACUAUGUCCUGCCCAUGCGCUUCUGCCGCGAGGAUAUUCUUAAAUUCAGCGCACAGAGGAUUGACUUGUUCUCGGAUUCAGCUGUACGCUUUGAGCAGACCUGGUUCACGUGAAGCUACCGUACCUCACAGAGUCUGUGUGAGAUCGUUUCAUGAAACCGCUGUGUGUUUCGCCUCCAAAGACGGCACCACCAAGGAUGGCCCCGGAGAUGGUGGAAAGAAAAGCAUCGGUGAAGGAAAGAGGCUCUCCGGCUCUUCUGGUGGAUCAGGGAAGGGGGGUAAUCAGUUGCGCUGUCCCAAAUGUGGAGACCCAUGCACACACGUGGAGACCUUUGUAUCAUCAACACGUUUUGUGAAGUGCGAGAAGUGCCACCACUUUUUUGUGGUGCUCUCGGAAACAGACUCGAAGAAAGGCCUUAACAAGGAGCCAGAGUCAGCCGGCGAUGCUGUCAAAAUGGCCUUUGCCCAGAAACCUCCCCCGCCACCCAAAAAGAUCUAUGCCUAUCUGGACAAGUACGUAGUGGGCCAGUCCUACGCCAAGAAGGUCCUGGCAGUGGCAGUGUAUAACCACUACAAGAGGAUCUACAACAACAUCCCGCCUGGGAGCAAACCGCAGCAGCAAGUGGAGGUGGAGAAGCAGGCCUCACUGACGCCACGAGAACUAGAGAUGAGAAGACGGGAGGAUGAGUACAGAUUCACAAAACUCCUUCAGAUAGCUGGGAUCAGUCCCCAUGGCAACGCCCUGGGAGCCUCCAUGCAGCAGCAGGCCACUCAGCAGCCUGCUCAGGAGAGGAGGGGCGGGGACGUCUUAGACUCCACCCACACUGACAUCAAGCUGGAGAAGAGCAACAUCGUGCUACUAGGCCCGACUGGAUCAGGCAAGACAUUGUUGGCCCAGACCCUCGCCAAGUGUCUAGAUGUGCCCUUCGCCAUCUGUGAUUGUACCACUCUUACCCAGGCUGGCUAUGUGGGGGAGGACAUCGAGUCUGUUAUCGCCAAACUGCUGCAGGAUGCUAACUACUCGGUGGACAAGGCCCAGCAAGGCAUCGUUUUUCUGGACGAGGUGGACAAGAUCGGCAGUGUUCCCGGCAUCCACCAGCUCCGGGACGUAGGAGGAGAGGGAGUACAGCAGGGUCUGCUGAAACUCCUGGAAGGAACGAUAGUGAAUGUCCCCGAGAAGAACUCCAGAAAGCUGAGGGGGGAGACGGUGCAGGUGGACACCACCAACAUCCUGUUCGUAGCUUCUGGGGCCUUCAACGGACUGGACAGAAUCAUUAGCCGAAGGAAGAAUGAAAAAUAUCUAGGCUUCGGCACUCCUUCCAACAUGGGUAAGGGUCGCCGUGCAGCUGCUGCCGCAGAUCUAGCUAACAGCAGCGAGCAGACGGACAUGGUGGCAGAGAUCGAGGAGAAGGACAGGCUGCUGAAGCUCGUGGAGGCCCGGGACCUCAUCGAGUUCGGCAUGAUUCCUGAGUUUGUUGGGCGCCUUCCAGUGGUGGUGCCACUACACAGCCUGGACGAGGAGACGCUGGUCCGCAUCCUGACAGAACCACGCAAUGCCGUCAUCCCGCAGUACCAGGCCCUGUUCAGCAUGGACAAGUGUGAGCUGAAUGUGACCACAGACGCUCUAAGGGCCAUUGCCAGGCUGGCUCUAGAGAGGAAGACCGGGGCGCGAGGACUCAGGUCCAUUAUGGAGAAGCUUCUUUUGGAGCCAAUGUUUGAGGUUCCGUGUUCUGACAUCAUGGCUGUAGAGUUGACCAAGGACGUUGUCCAGGGGAAAGCAGAUCCGGUAUACAUCAGAGCUCCAGCGAAGGAGACUUCAGAAGAGGAGUACGACUCUGGGAUUGAAGAGGAGAACUGGCCCAGACAGGCGGAUGCAGCAGCCAACAACUGAUCAAUUUCUCGUAUUCUGUCCCCUCGUUUUAAGAACUGCUGGAUCUUGUACACAAUCUAGAACCGUCUGAAAACACCUUCCAGGGCCUGCCGUGGGUUCCUCUUAUUCCUGUGGCUGAGAUCUCUACAGCCCACCCUCAGGCCACUACCAGAACCCCAACACCACGAAACAGUUUCUCCUUGUUUCUUUUCUGUCUAGCCCACCCUCAGGCCACUACCAGAACCCCAACACCACGAAACAGUUUCUCCUUGUUUCUUUUCUGUCUACCCCACCCUCAGGCCACUACCACAACCACAACACCAUGAAACAAUUUCUCCUUGUUUCUUUUCUGUCUAGCUGAUUGUUUUCAUAAUGAACAAUGAGGAUUUGAGAAACAUUUGGUCCUGUGAAUCAGAACCGUAAUUCUUUAAGUAAAAAAAAAAAAAAAGACAAAAAUGAAGGUGCACAACAUGGUGGACCUUUAUUAGUAUAUAUAUUUUCAAUCUUUGGGGAUUGAUAACACAUUUUAUCUAUCUAAGGAUAAUGCAGUUUGUAUUCUUCAAGUAAUUUAAUAAAAGGAGAUUUUGUUUUCUUUGCCCUUUUCUUCUGAUAGCAGGUUGAAAAGGUAAAGGAAACAAAUGUUAAAGGGAUCAUAUUUUACACUUGAUGGAGACAUAGCCAGGGAUAGGGAUUUUCAGUUCAAGUGUCUUCAAUGUUACAUCAUUAAUAUACUACAAAGGCCAUGACUCGAUCACUGGCAGUCCUGGGUUCAAAUGCUGUUUAAAAUCUUUCAUUGACUUUGAUAGCGUUUCCUCUAGCCUGAUUUGAGUUUAAGUAGGGUGGGAUUUGUACUUUUGUGCUUUUCAUAUGGGUCUGUUGUAACAGAUGGGUUCAAUCAAGCCCAGCUAAAGAAGUUGAGAUUGUUAAAUAGUGUUUUAACCUAGGUCUGGUCACAUGGGGGCGGUUUUUCAAAAGUUACCUGAUAGGGUUAUCCCAAUUAAAUAAGAUUAAAUCUUAGAAUCCCUCCAAAUGGUAUUCCGAUCAUCCAAAUUACUUUUUGAUAAUCUUUGUCCAUGGCCAGCCUAAACGGAUUCUUACCUUCUGGAUUUGGAUAAAGAUUUGGUAAUCCAAUCUGACAUUUAAGGGGUUGUACGUUUUUUUUUUUUUAAACGUCUUUAUUAUUAUUUUUUAUCUCAGAGAUUGACUGCGUUAUUUGUGUGGUAGACUGUAAAUGACAGAUAAGUACUUACGCAAGCUCUAUUUUUAAUCAACUACCUUUAUGCAGUUCGCUCAUUUUUGUUUCAAUGUGACUGUGUAGAUAUUGUACCACAACCUGGCCUGUAGAUGGCAGGGUGUAGUACCACAACCUGGCCUGUAGAUGGCAGGGUGUAGUACCACAACUUGGCCUGUAGAUGGCAGGGAGUACCACCACAAUCUGGCCUGUAGAUGGCAGGGUGUAGUACCACAACCUGGCCUGUAGAUGGCAGGGUGUAGUACCACAACCUGGCCUGUAGAUGGCAGGGUGUAGUACCACAACCUGGCCUGUAGAUGGCAGGGUGUAGUACCACAACCUGGCCUGUAGAUGGCAGGGUGUAGUACCACAACCUGGCCUGUAGAUGGCAGGGUGUACGCCUAGGCAUCUGAUCAUUUCUUGCCAAACCGUCUCAAUAUAUACUAAUAGUUACCAUUCUGAAUGGCAAAAACAAAAUAGGAUUAUGAAUCCCUUUAUUUUGUGCUUUCUUAUUGGCCAGACAACUUUUAAUAUAGUCACCUGUCCAAAGCAUAUAAUGGGUAAAUUGAUCAGUAUGGUCUUCCAUUAUUUUCUUAACAUUCAAAUAAGCAGCCAUGAUAACCUGAUCCUGGAAAGCAAUAACAGAAUCCUAAUUAUUCUGAUCCUGAAGAGAAGUUUUGAUAAACCGGCCCCCUGGGGGGUGUUAUUCCAUAAUGCAUGUCAUUAUUGUGAUUUAUUUUUCUAUGGAGUUAAAUUAGUGUCCAUGCGUAUGGCAGUAAUCUAAUUCCAUAUUUCCUCUCAUGCACCAUUCUAGUAAAGUUGUUCAUAAUGAACCUAACUGGGCUAUUCUUGUUAUUUAGCACCAGUGCUGCUUAUUUAGUCUUUAAUCAGUUUGUGUCACAGAAUCACCUAAGUGAGUAGGAAAGCAUAUCAUAACACUGUCCACCCUACACCAGGACGCUAAUCCUCUGAAAUGGUUGCUUAUUCUCGCCACUAAUGUGCUAUUUCAGACACCAUUUGGUCGUAGGGGUGACCUGUUUUCUAAAAACAGAAUGUCAAAAGAAUGGUUAUUUCUGUACUGUUUCAUCACCUUUCUGUGAACUAUUUUGGUAGGAAUGUAUGCAUCUACUGUUUCUCUGCUCUCUCUGUCACAGUUUUAUAGGUAUGUCACCACCAAACAAGGCAAGGUGCAGGUUUCCCAGUUGCUGUUUAGGAUUGGGUCCCCCUAUAUUGAACAGUAUUUCUCUCUUUACAUUAUAUAUCGGGCAAAAAUGCUCCACGAUCAUACCUCGUACUUUUAAGACUGAUUCUGUGAUUACAGGCAACGUUUUCAGAAUGUUUUCGCAGCACCGUGUCAAGCAUAACUAGCCCUCCCACCUGCCCCAUUUGUGUUUGCCUUUAGUGUUACUAAAUUGUAUGUCGAUAUACACUUAUUUAUAAUUAGCUAUACUUCUAUGGACAAGCUGCUCUAUUUCAUCUUAAUGCUCUUUGUGCUAUGUUAAUAAUUAGGUUAGCUUAGAUCGACCUGCCUUGUUUGUGUGUUCACUUUCAGUUCCUUUAUGCUUUAAGUGGAGUUUUAAAACCCCCCACCCCGGUCAGUUCCCUUGUCAAAGGUCAAUGAUAAAAGCCUGUAAAACACCCCAAAGUUGUGAAACAUCUAAAAAUGUAUUGAUGUGAUUGUUUAAAUAUUAUAAAUAAAAUGUAUAUCUCUGUACAGAA